GAUAAAACGCUUAUUUGUAUUUUAGUGUAGCCACCAAAAGAAUUUUAAAAUAAUACAAAAAGCAAAUUUUAACUAAUUUUAACUCAAAAUGGCCGAUCAACUUACAGAAGAACAAAUAGCUGAAUUCAAAGAAGCUUUCUCAUUAUUUGACAAAGAUGGUGAUGGCACAAUUACCACGAAAGAAUUGGGUACAGUCAUGCGAUCAUUAGGACAAAAUCCCACAGAAGCCGAGCUACAAGACAUGAUCAAUGAAGUCGAUGCUGACGGAAACGGAACCAUUGACUUUCCCGAAUUUUUAACAAUGAUGGCUCGCAAAAUGAAAGACACCGAUAGCGAAGAGGAAAUUCGUGAGGCUUUCCGCGUCUUCGAUAAGGACGGCAACGGCUUUAUCUCAGCAGCUGAAUUACGUCAUGUGAUGACAAAUCUCGGUGAAAAGUUAACAGAUGAAGAAGUAGAUGAAAUGAUUCGUGAAGCUGACAUAGACGGAGAUGGACAAGUUAAUUAUGAAGAAUUUGUAACGAUGAUGACAUCGAAGUGAGCUGCAGAUUUGUAUUGCGCCUUUCUAUUAUUUUUUAUUUUUGAGAAGACUGUAGCCAUGCGCAACUCCAGCCCGCGCAAAGCUGUUGCUAUGGAUAUAAUUAUUACAUUUAAAUUAACGAGGAAAACAGUAAAAAUUUAAAAAAAUAUAUAUAUAACAUCAAAAAAAAUCUAUCAAGGUUAAUUUCUUUAAAUUAAAAAAAAAUGCAAAACUUAAAAAUAAUAUUAAUAAAAAAUACAUUAAAUUUAAAAUUAAACAUAAUAAUUAAAAAUAA